CCAGCAUCCCCUGGUGAGCCCAGCAUAUCCCGGCGUCUCCAGCGUCCAGGACACUCAAGUGCGCACGAUCGUCGACAUGGAGGAGCGCUUUGCAGUUUCGUCCGAGUCUCAGCCGGCCCCGCCGCAGACCCGCUCGCUCAAGGAGAUGUACAAGGAGGCCUUCCGUCUCGCAAACAUGGCCGUCGCUGCCGAUCAGGCUGGCGAUAUGGGUUUGGCGACGACCUUGUACAAGGAGACUGUCGAGCUUCUCAUCGAGAUCUACGAAGGAGAAAAGCCCGAGGACAAGAAACAAAAGGCUCUGUCGAGGGCAAACGAGUACGUCUCGAGGCUCGAGACUCUCAAGAGCAUGGGGAAAUGGACCAAGAGCAGACCCUCGGCCACGCCGCUCGAGCACAUCUGCCAGCAAGCGCAGUUUGCUUACGAGCAAGCCACGGAGCUGGACCAGUCCGAGAGCUUUGACGAAGCCGAGCAGUCGUACCUGGUCGCCAUACAGAUAUACCAGAAGGCAAUCGAGAUGGGCCCCGACAGUCCUGUCCUGAGUGAUUUAGUCAAGCGGCUCGAGAAUCUCCAGAAACGAGCCGCCGAGCUGGCACUGAACCGCGUUGUGGUCGAUCGCCUGGGCUCGCUGAUGGUCUCCACCACCCUGCCGGUAUCUCGGCAUGCACCGCCGGGGAGUGAAGGCCCAACUCGCCUCUCCGAAGCCGAGUUGGAGGUCAUCAAGGGCUCGUCCGUAGUCAACGGCCGGAUCUAUCCGCCCUGGCUCGAGACCGACAAAAAGGAACGCUUUGCCUUUUCCAGGGCUUUCGAGGACCCCGACGGCCUCCUGGCCAUGUCGGAUCAGCAGAUCGACAAAGCCGCGGUCUGGAAACGACCGGCCGAGUUCAUGUCCAAGCCGACGAUCUUCUCGUUCAUCUCCGGCACGACCCUCAUCCAGGACACCAUCACGGACUGCUCAUUUGUGUCCUCGCUCAGUGUCGCUGCCAAUUACGAGCGCAACUUCAAGGAAAAGCUCAUCACCAGCUGCAUCUUCCCACAAGAUAAAGACGGGAGACCCAUCUACAAUCCCUCUGGCAAGUAUCUCAUCCGACUGAGAUUCAAUGGCGUCGAAAGAAAGAUAGUUGUGGACGAUCUUCUACCUGUCGUCGGCGACAGUGCGCUGGCGUGCACGUACUCGACAAACAAGAACGAGCUGUGGGCCAGCCUGAUCGAGAAGGCCUACAUGAAGCUCGCUGGUGGAUAUACCUUCCCAGGAUCCAACUCGGGCAUCGACCUCUAUGCUCUGACCGGCUGGACGCCAGAGCAUCUCUUUAUCAACGAUGCUUCAUUCGACCAUGAGAAGCAGUGGAAGGCCCUCUACAAUGGCCAUGACAAGGGCAACAUCCUUGUGACCAUUGCCACGGGAACCUACACCGAAGAACACGAUACCAUGGGGCUCGUUCCCGCGCACGCUUAUGCUGUUCUCAAGAUCAAAGAAGUGCUCGGCCACCGCCUGCUCCAGGUCAAAAACCCAUGGAGCCACAAGCGAUGGAAAGGACCCUUCUCGCAUAUGGACCAUGUCCGCUGGACCGACGAUCUCAAGCACGCCCUCAACUACGACCAGCUCGGUGCACGUCAGAUCGAUGACGGGCUGUUCUGGAUCGACUUUGAGUCGGUGUGCCGAUACUUUGAGUGUAUCCACAUCAACUGGAAUCCCAAGCUCUAUGCCUACAAGCAAAGCACCCAUUUCACAUGGUCUCUCGGCCAGGGCCCGUACCGAGACCGGUACAAUCUGGCCCUGAAUCCGCAGUACUGCCUCAAAGUCAACAACUCUACUACCGAGCCUGUGGAGGUUCUCAUUCUCCUCACCAAGCACGUCACUCGCUUGGAAGACAACACCGACUUUAUCGCUGCCCAUGUGUUCGGCAACGGCAAGAAGAAGCGCAUCUACUAUCCAUCCAAUACGGUGCACAAGGGCGUGUAUAUGAACAGCCCGCACAAUCUGGUCCGCCUUAUGAUCAAUCCAGGCCCGCACGCCUAUGGAAUCGUCAUUUCACAGCACCGCCAGACGCAGGCCCUCAGCUUCAGCCUGAAGGUCCAGAGCCUCUUGCCGUUCUCGAUGACGACCAUCUCCGACCCUCCGGGCACGCUGGAGCAGCAGGUGACCGGUAACUGGGAGGACGAGAAUGCCGGCGGAUCGAUCAGCCACUGGACACACAUGAACAAUCCCAACUACCGCGUCUCGAUUCCUGAAGCCACCUCGAUGGUGGUGAUGCUGGAAGGGCCAAACGACGUCCCGAUCAACAUCAAGAUCCUGCGUGGAGGGCAGCGAGCGGCGCACAUCACGAGCUCCAGCGACAUUGUUGUGUCGUCUGGCGACUACCGCCAUGGAUUCUGCUACCUUGAGCUUGCAAACAUCAACGCGGGCGAGUACACCCUCAUUCCGUCAACCUUUUCGCCGGGACAAAAGGGGCUCUACGUGCUCACGUUCAAGACCAAAUGCCCGUUGACGAUCACGCCGAUCCCGCUCGAGGGCCAUGGCAUGAUCAAGCGAGUGUUCAAGUCUCAAUGGAUCCCCGAUGUCAACGCCGGAGGCAACUCACAGAGCCCCAACUAUCACAAGAACCCAAAGCUCAUUUUGCGGGCCACGAAGCCGAUGAUGUUCAAGACUCGACUCAUCGUCCCAAACGGCAAGCCGCCGCUGCCAUGGAUCAACGCCGCUGUGUUUGUCCACGACCGACAGGCCGAGCAUGGCCUGGGAGCCGAGAUCGCCAACUCGGGCCCGUACGCCCAGCUCGCCCAGGGCGUGUCGAUGCACUUUGCCGUCCCAGCCAGCCAACACGAAUGCAUCGUUCUCUUUGCGACAUGGGAGCCGCAGGCAUCGCCGUUCGAGUGGUGGGUUUACACCGACAGCGACGAGUACGAGAUUGUCGAAGUUCGAUAGAACGUUCCGGCUGCAACAAGGUGGGCUUGCCCUGUUGUACUCUGGUGCGACUGUGCAGACCGCGGUGGCAGCACGGCACAAGACGAUGGCUGUGGACGCAAACGCCGCUUGGUGGCCGUGGCGCUUGUUGGUUCUGGCAAAACUGGGCGGGGGGGUAUUGUGCUGAAGAAGAAGAAAACAUUGAACUGCAGCGCAACACGACCGAAUCGAGAGCGAGCG